UUAAUAAGUAAUUCUCAAAGAAAUAUAUCGCAGCCAUAAAAGCUUAAUCACUUGUAUCCAACAGGUUAAUAGUAAUGUUUCCUAGUCUAAAAUCAAUUUAAUAUAUACGUAGAAAGUUGUUAUACAAGUAAUUUAUUAAAAAAAAAAAAAAUAGAGCGAUGGAAAUAUUUGAAUUAUAACCCUUUUCAGUUCGAUAAAGCACCACUACAGAUCUGACUAUUACAAUAUGGGUCACAACAUUUGUCAUUUCUGACUACUAAAAACAGAUAGAGGACCACAGUUAGCAACCCAAGAAUUUCUGUUGUUAAGUAAUCGAGGUUCAACGUGUUGAGAAGUCUGAACAAAUUAACUCUUUGGAAUGAUUUUUUAACGAAUCAUUACUGAAUCAUUACAAAUUUAUAUUUGUUUAAAGCAAAGAUUCAGCUGUUCUUUUGCUGAUUGUCUUGUUUCUGUCAAGUCGUUUCUUUCUUAAAUAAUGGCUGUACCUACAUUCAAAGAAGAUGAACUUGGCAAGAGGUGGGACAAAUGUCUUGCCGACGCCGUUAUUAAACUGAGUGGUGGUCUUGUCAUCGGUGCAGUUUCUUCUUUACUGCUUUUUAAAAGAAGAAGUUGGCCAGUAGUUUUGGGAACAGGAUUCGGUAUAGGCCUUGCAUAUGGCCACUGUGAAAGAGAUGUAGCUGCCGUCCUCACUGUAUCUCACACCCAUGCUCCUCAUAAUCAGGCAUAAAUUUAUUGUGUAAAAAUACAAAGAUUGUUGUUUAAAACUGUAAUAACAAUGAUAGUACCUUAUAGCAGAUAUUUAAAUAUUUAAUACAUCAUGUGAUAUUCAAUUGCCUUGUGAUCAAAUGCAAUGUUUAUUUAAAUAAAUGAUUCCCCAUCUGUCACUAUGUUAAUUAUUAACCUUUACCAUAACCAUGUUAUCAAGAUGCAUGUUUAAAAAUUUUUCUUAAAAAAAUGUCUGAUCAUGACAAAGUAUGGGGAAUAUGUGUGCAUGAUUCGUUUUUGAAAAUUGGCCUUGGAAUUUUAGGUGGAGCCCUUUUUUCAAAUCUCGCUGAAACUGAUUGGCCAUUUUCCUGUGCUGUGUUUAUCAGUUUGUUGAUGUCUGUAAACCAUUGUAAAAGAAUAAUGAAGGAACUCGAAGAAAGAGGAUUAUAAGGGAUGGCUUUUUCAGCAAUACUUUCAUAAGACAAUUAAAAUCAUUUCAUAUUUUUAUUUAAUAAUUUUUUUUUAAAGUGAAUUGUAAUAGUAAUUAUUUAGCACAAAACAUUAUAAAUUCUAUCUUUUACUAAUCAAAGAGAACAUGUAGUUGAUUUAAUAUAAAUAGUUUAUACAGUAUAUUUGAUAUAAAUAGUUGAUUUAUAAAAAUCAAGUCAUGAUAUCAAUAUAAAGAUUUACAAAAAUCAUAGUGUUAGUAAUUUGAAGAGUUCUAAUAUAAUGUAAAAUGCAAAUAUUUAAAUUGCUAUAAUCCGCAGGGGUUAGGUUAGUGGAUAAUAGUGCUCUCCCAAUAUGAGUUAAGUACACAGCACUCUUGCACUUAAGAGUCUCCUGGAGUUAGAGAAUCCUCCGGAUGGGGGAGCGAGUGGAGGUGCACUGAUGAGGCAACUCCUCCAUUUGACUUGGGAGCAGCAGAUUGAUAACCCUCUCUCUUUAAAACUCCUGUCUCAUUAAAGCUCAAAAACUGUUGGGUCGUUGAAUGGAGAAGGAGCCAGGACUUCACACUUGAUACAUGGAAUGUUUUAUUUUUAAAUAGACAAGGAACAUUGUAUGUGCUCCUCAACUCAUUGUGACCAACUAUACAAUAGACAUUGCUGCCCUGCAGGUCAGGUGGACUGGGUAGGAGAGACUUAAGAAAGGACAACAUACUAUAUAUAGUCCAGUCAAUGAAUGGUAAAAAGAUACUUGUAGAGCCUAUGGAUGAAGGACAAGAAUUUGACUUGGGUAAUCUGUUGGGGGGUACAUAGGAGGUGAACAUACUAAAAGUCCCCACCACUUUCCACUUCAUGAUGGGGAGCUGUAAAGGUCUCUUUUAUCAUAAUUUAUCAUCUUAAAAAUGAGGCAUCACAGACGAAACAUUGUCCAAAAAAAAAAUUAAAGCCAAUAAAAUUUCCUCCAAGAAUGUUUAUAUUAAUUUUUUUUUAUUUAUUUUAUUUUUUUAUUGUUAUAGUUUUCAAAGUAUUCACCAAAUUAAAUUGACGAUUUUCGAAAACAAAAUUUUUGUCAAACCAUAGCCUUCCAUUCUACAAGAAAAGUGUGGAAUAUAGUUUUUUCUUUAAAUGUAUUCACCCUCUACUAAUUUAUCUUUUAUGAGUAAAAUUACAACAAUUUUAAAUAUAAAACCAUAAUUUGUUUAAUUUUGAGCACGAAUAUCCACCAUUAACACAUUAAGGAUGUACAGAUUUUAAACCAGAAAGAGAACAAUAUAAAAAAUGUUUUAUCUGUUUAAAUGUAUUUACUUUUACUUAUAUU